GAAGAAGUGAGGGCUGAGUGGGGUGGGAGCGAUGACAGAGGGAGCCCAUUGUUCCGGGUGGGUUGGGGGCAGCAGAUCCACAGUGAAAGCUGCUUUUCUCCUCCUGGAAUGGAGACGGUGCCCGGUGCCCAGCGACCAACCAGCCAGUGCCAGCAGAUCUACUGAUCAACCCAGGAGAGGAGCCGCUGCCGUGCCUGCUCGGGGGCUGGGGGGUCCUUUAUUCUAGGAGACAAAGGGACUGGAUGAAGGGUGCUCCUGAAAACUGGGCAAAGGGUGCUCCUGAAAACUGGGCGAAGGGUGCUCCUGAAAACUGGGCAAAGGGUGCUCCUGAAAACUGGGCGAAGGGUGCUCCUGAAAACUGGGCAAAGGGUGCUCCUGAAAACUGGGCGAAGGGUGCUCCUGAAAACUGGGCAAGGGGUGCUCCUGAAAACUGGGCGAAGGGUGCUCCUGAAGACUGGGCGAAGGGUGCUCCUGAAAACUGGGCAAAGGGUGCUCCUGCAGACUGGGCAAAGGGUGCUCCUGCAGACUGGGCGAAGGAUGCCCCUAAAGGCUCAAAGGAUCACAUCAUUUGCUUUGUUACAAACUCAUGCCAAGGGGAGAAGAUCGCAGGCUGAUGGCACCAUAACCCAGGAUAUCCAGUCACAAUGGAAGUACUCCCAUUUUCCGAAACAUAUCACGACUAGCCUAAAGUUACCAGAAGAUGCAUUUGCAGUCACGGUUGUUUUUUUUAUUAUCUGAACCGCAAAGCUCUUCUCCUAAUGGUGCCUUCACCCUCCACCAUGAAUGAUGAGCAGAGACUGCACAACAACGCGGUAGCCUGGCUGAUUUGUUCAGGGAUCUCACUUCUAGCCAAUGCCUGGGGGAUUCUUAGCAUAAGUGCCAAACAGAAGAAAUGGAAGCCUUUGGAGUUUUUAAUCUGCACCCUGGCCGGAACUCAUAUCCUUAAUGUGGCCAUACCAAUCACCAUGUACUCGGUGGUCCAGCUGAGGAAGCAACACUCCGAUUAUGAGUGGAACGAAGGGGUCUGCAAAGUGUUUGUUUCCACCUUCUACACUCUGAGCCUCGUCACCUGCUUUUCCGUCACCUCCUUGUCCUAUCAUCGCAUGUGGAUGGUACGCUGGCCAGUGAACUACAGGUUAAGCAAUACAAAGAAGCAAGCCGUGCACACCGUCAUGGGCAUAUGGAUGGUAUCGUUCAUUCUCUCCACUUUACCCGCUGUUGGAUGGCACAAUCCCACCCAGAGGUUCUACGCCGGGGACUGCCGCUUCAUCGUGACGGAGAUCGGACUGGGCUUUGGCCUGUGUUUCCUCCUGCUGAUCAGCGGCAGCGUGGUGGUCGGAGUGGUCUGUAUCGGCAUCUCACUUUUUCAGACGUUUUCUAUGCACACCGGGCAGAACGCAGACAAGAACAAAUUCAACGUGCCCACCAUUGUGGUGGAGGACGCUCAUGGGAAGAGGAGGUCCUCCAUAGACGGCUCGGAGCCCAUUAAGACUUCUCUUCAAAUUACCUAUUUGAUAUCUGGGAUUGUGUUUAUAUACGACUUUCUAAUGGGGUUCCCCAUCUUGGUGGUGAGUUUUGCCAGCCUGAAGUUUGAUAAGUCCGAUGACUGGAUGGUGCUCGGCGUCCUCUGGUGUUCCGUAGUACAAGCUCUUCUUCUGCCGAUGUUCCUGUGGGCCUGCGACCGCUACCGAGCAGACGUGAAAGCGGUCUGGGACAAGUGCAUCGCGAUCAUGUCCAACGACGAUGAAAACGAAGAUCACAGUCCUGAUGGUGGCAUCCAUUCGGAUCUCAUCUAUGAAAGGCCCUAUGACUACAAUUAUGGGGGGGACCUCAUGGCCAUGGAACGCAUUACAAAGUAUGACAUCUCUGCAUUGGAGAGGGGAAUACCACAGAUCUAUCCUUUGAAGGAGGCACAAGAAGAUAAAAUGCACUACCUCCAGGUCCCUCCAACAAGACGCUAUUCUCACGAUGAGACAGACAUAUUUACCACGUGUCAGAUACCAGCUUUCCUCCAUGGCUGGGGAUCGGCUGAAGAUAUCGCCGCCAUCUCUUUCUUCACGCUGCCAAGGCGCGAUAGGCGAAGCAGCCUGGUGUUUUACCACGAAGAAGCCAGCUUGCCGUAUCGAAAGUGCCGCAAAGGAUCGGAGAGCCUCCUUUCCUUGAAACAUUUUACCUUGGAGGAACUGUACAAAGACGACUUCAAGUGCUUUAGUCGGGAAGAGGUGGUCGGUUUUAUCGACGACACGCCUCUUCCGAGCCCGCGAAAAAAGACUCCUGGUAGGUCUUCUUCGAUCUCGCUCAUACCAGAUACUUUAAAACACCCAACAGUUACCCAUUUCACUUUGACGGACUUCGAGCGAGAGCCGCAGGGGUUACGGAGGAUUUCCAACCACGGUAAGAGUUGUACGCUUAACGUCCCUGGUCACCUUCGACCUCACGAUCACAAGCGCUUCUACACGGAAGGACAUCGGGGCAUUCAGAAUACUCAGCGGCCCGUUCAGAAGGCCGAAUCUCAAAAACUAGAUGAGGUAGCAGCAAAUUCUAUCUCUGCCGACUCUGGCAGUUGCCAGACCGGCCUGGACAACACGUGGAGCGAGCAGGAACGGCUCGACAAAGUAGAAUGCAAGGGAAGUACGAAUAGCUUUUUAAGCACGCCCUCCGAAUCUUCUGGAUACAUAACUUUCCAUUCAGAUUCAAUCGGAUCUGCUUCCUAGGGAUAACCCAACGUCUUAUAUAUCAAUAUACGCUAUUUCAGGGUUUACAUUGCUCCUAAUCUUGUUAAAAAAUUCCAAGAACUGGAAACCGCACCAAAGAAGAAGAAUCGCGUUUUAAAAAAAACGGAUACAAAUGAUAAUAUUCUGCUUUUCUUAGGAAAAAAUAAAUAAAAUAUUCAGGAAAAAAAAAACACGAUUUACAGAUCAUUUUCAGCUUGGGUUUGUUAUGCAGAGAAGAGAAUAAAAACUGCUACAUCAAAUUUAUUUCCUAAAAUAUUAUUACAUCCAAUGAGUUGUACAUGGAACACGUCUUCAAGCGACAAUUUAAUCUUUACUUGUCAUCAAUAAAUAUAUAAUAUGCAUGCCUAUGUAACUCUCCACUCUCUAUAAAAAAAAAACGUGAUUUUUUUGAUAUACACUUUACUAUUUUCUAAUUUUGAAUGAAACGUGUUAAGUGUGGGUGAAAUGAUAAAAAAUUAAAAAUAUGUGCUUUUCCUAAACAA